AUGCGUUGGAUCUUCUUGAUCUUUGCUUCAGCUUGUAAUGCUCUUUUAUAUCCACAGGUAAGUUAAAAAUAGAUUUGUAAUAUGCUACACUACUUAUUGAAUUAUAAUAACAAACUUUCUUGUAAUAAAAACAACUCCAACAACCCACGCAAUUUUUGUUUAGAAAGGAUAGACCCAGACGGCUUACAAAUCAAUUUUUGCACCCAAAAGACAUUUGCUUUUUACUCUACUCGCUCAUUUUUAUUCCUUUACAUUGUUUCAGCAAAAUGAAGUUCGAUCGCUCGAAUCGCUGGACGGUCUUUGGACCUUUGUCCGUGAGCCGCUGUUCGCCGCCGAUCUAGGCUUGAAGAACCGAUGGUUCGAGGAGGACUUGGACACCUUCGAAAACGCCACUCGGAUGCCGGUGCCGUCGGCAUUCAACGAGCUCUCAGCCGAGCACGACGAGCGAACCCAUGUGGGUUGGGUGUGGUAUCAGAGGAAGUAUUCAACACCGUGGGCCGUGAGCGGGAAACGGUUGAUCUUGCGGUUUGGGAGUGUGAAUUACAACGCAUUUGUGGUAAGCUGCAUGACUUCAGAUAUUGGAGAGUUUGUAAAAAGCCGCUAGAGUGAUUCUUGCGACGUGCACUGUUAAAAUAUAGGCGAUAAACUUCUGAUAAAUCAUAAAAUUUCCAUUAAUCCAGUCUUUUCCUAUAGUGGUCGACAAAAUUUUCUUUCCGGCUGGUUCUUGAGAACCGCUAGGCCUAGAAGCUUGAAAUUCGGCGUAUAUAAACAUUAUAGGACAAUCUAACCCCAUACCUAAAAAAUCCCCAUUUUUUUGCACUUUUAAUGCACUUUUUUGCAAAAAAAACCAAAAACAAGACGGCAGAAUUUUCUUUCCACUCUGUCGCUGGCCCGAAAACUCGCAGCAUAAUUUACGAUUUUUUCAGUACAUCAAUGGCAAUUUGUCAACAGUCCAUACAGGAGGGCACUUGCCUUUCGAGCUAGAGCUUCCAAUAACCAGUAAAGGUUAUAAAAUCACGGUCGCCGUCAACAACACAUUGCAUGCAGGGACAAUUCCUCCGGGCGAUUACGAGCUUCGGCAUUAUGGGAACAGCACUUAUGUCUAUCAAAAGCCUGGCUUCGAUUUCUUCAAUUAUGCGGGCAUAUUGAGGCCAGUGGUUGUCCAGGUUCUGAAUCAUGUCUACUUGUCAAAGCUGAAGAUUUGGACGGUGAAGCCGAGUAAGUCGAUGUGACUACGUGUAUAUUAAUCUGUCGGGAAAAUAAUGAGCACUCCGUUGCAUCAGCUAUGCGAUCGGAGCUGUGACUUUGUGUCCAUUAUUUUCGCACAACCUACACUGGCGGACCUGACCCACUGUCCAAAAACGUACCAUUUUGCAUCCGGGAAGUAUCAAAAAUGCAGCAAAUGUCUCCCUCUCCAAGUGAAAAAACUCCGAUUUCAAAGCGCGCCCACUCUUUUUGUGGGGGAAGGCUGUACAUAACACACCUAUUUAUAUAAAAUUUACGACAUGUUGAAGCCGAGGCACAUAAUUUUUCGUCCGUAAUAUGAAAACUUACGUGAACUUUCAGACAUCCUUAAAUACAUUUUGGACAUUGACAACCCCAAAAACAUUCGGGUUCAAGUCUCCGUCUCGUUGAUUGACCCGGCCGGGAACCUAGUCGAGACCGUCUUGUGGCCAAAAGAAUUCAAGCCAGUUGAACAUGUCCAACUUUGGUGGCCUAGAGGCUAUGGAAAAGCCAAUUUGUACAAGUUGAAAGUAAGAAGUCAGUCUGUCGGGAAAAUGAUGAGCAAUGUCGCUAAGCAGAUCGCUGAAGUGAAAAAAUUUGAUGUUUCCUUGGCUCAAUUUGUUUUCUCGGCAGCAAUGCGAUUUUCGAUGCGACAGAGUGCUCAUUAUUUUCCCGACAAACCGUAUAGCGCCAUUUUCUGGCGAUUCAAAGGCUUCACGAUAAGCUGUGAAUUUUAUUUCAGAUUGUAAUAUCCGUUGAAGUCGUAAAACUCGACUUGUAUACGGAGAGCUUCGGAUUUCGGUUUGUUGAGUUCAAUGGAACACAGCUGUAUGUAAACGACAAGAAAUUCUACUGCAUGGGCUUUGGGAUGCAUGAGGAUUUUGAUGUAAGUGGAAAGAACGGCUUAGUGUAUUGCUACAGCGAGGAGCGUGAUCCAGUGGCAAAAAACGUACCAUUUUGCAUCCGGAAAGUCUCAAGAAAUGUAGCAAAAUGCCGACCUCUCCAUUUAAAAAACACCGUUUUGAAGUUAUUUCCCUCACAAAAAGAGCGGGGCCCAGUUUAGUAUCGACCUUCAAAUCCUUCCUUUAGUGCAACAUUUGAAUAAAACCCGAAUUUUGCUCAUUUAUGGGAAAUUUUCCAUUCUGAGGGAGGUCGGUUGACCGCUCUUUCAGAGAUCUCAAAAAUCUAAAUUUUGGGUGAAAAAGAGUUGCGAAGUUAUGAAACAAUUCAUAAAUGGCACAAUAACCGUAAUAAAUGUGAAAAAUACGAGAUGCUUGAUAUUUAACACAAUCGCUUUCAUUCAGAUUACCUCUCUUUACAAUUCAAACUUACAUAAACUUCAUUUAUCAUAGGUCGCCUUAAAAAAUGCGUUGGUUUUGCAAAUAAAAAGUGUCUAAUAUGCCUGUAUCCUGUCAAUCACGAAAAUGUAAUCUCAACCAGAGCAAAAAACCCACUAAGAAGUUGUGAUACCCUCUUUUUCGUCGAAUAUUAUAGUUCAUUCAUUGAAAAUGUCACGGAACCCCCAGGAGAUGUUGUUCAUGACCUCAGGUAUACUUAACAUUUGUUUUUUAUUCGUAUUUACAAUUUUUUCUGAAGAUCGAAAAAACUUCAGAGCUCUCAGAGAGCAGUCAACCGCCCUCACCCAGAAUGAAAAUUUCCCAUAAAUGAGCAAAAUUCGGGUUUUAUUCAAAUGUUGCACUAAAGGAAGGAUUUGAAGGUCGAUACUAAACUGGGCCCGGGCGGGCUUUUGAAAUCGGAGUUUUUUCACUUGGAGAGGGAGGUAUUUUGCUACAUUUUUUGAGACUUCCCGGAUGCAAAAUGGUACGUUUUUUGCCAUCCCUCACUGUAUUAGUCAUAAAGUCCGUGGACAUUUUCCCUCUUUUGCACAGUGUCAAGCGCUAUUUUCAGCUACACGGGCGCGGCUACAAUCCCGUAGUCCUCAUCCGAGACCUGAACAUGUUCGAAUGGAUGAACGGGAACUGCUAUCGCACCUCCCACUACCCGUACAGCGAAGAGCGAGCCUACGAAGCGGAUCGCCGAGGAAUCAUGGUUGUCACCGAGGCCCCCGCAGUUGGUCUUGGCUACUUCACCGCCACCAUGAACAUGCUCCACAAGCGAAUCAUGUCCGAGAUGAUUCAACGCGACUUCAACCAUCCUUCGGUCUUUGCGUGGUCGUUGGCCAACGAACCGUGGACGGAGAAAUUCAAUGCCAGGGAUUACUUCAGGUCGCUCGCGAUUUACGCGAAAAAACUGGAUCGCACCCGGCCGCUGACGAUCGUGUUUGGGCCAACUUAUCCCGGCCGCGACCACAGUCGUGUCACCGACUUUAUUGAUUUCAUCGGGCUGAAUCACUAUGACGGGUGGUAUCAGAAUCUGGACCAUCCGGAGGUCGUCGAGGAGCAAAUGUACGAGCUGGUUGUGGGAUGGAACAGAAACUUCACGGGGAAACCUCUAAUUAUAAUGGAAUACGGGGGCGAAGGGAUCCCAGGAAUGUACCAGCAACCGGGCUCUCCAUUUACAGAGCAGUACCAAACGGAGCUGAUCAAAGCCAAUCACAAAGCCUUCGAUCGACUGAGAGAAGAAGAACGGAUAACUGGAGAAAUGAUCUGGAACUUUGCCGACUUUAUGACAGCUGCAGGUAGUGUACAGCAUGCGGUUUCUGUAUGUAUUAUUAGUCACUUUUUUGCACUAUACAAACGUGACAUAUCAUUCCAUAGACAUUACAAACCGCCAAAUAAUUCGCGGAUAUUUUUAGACAUCACUCGACCUCUUGGAAAUCACAAAGGAGUCCUGACCCGACAGCGACAACCGAAGGCGGCGGCUUAUAUUCUACAGAAGCGCUAUGGUAGUAUUGACGUCAAAGAUGAAUUGUAA